AUGGCAUCCUCUCCAUCCAACAAUCCUUUCGCAAGACAGGCAUGUCUGCCAUGCUUCAAUAACGAUGAUCAAGCAACAGAAGACAAGAACGCUCCAAAUCACUUUCAAAUGCCUGGGAAGAAUAGUAGCAACAACGAUGACAUCACUAGCAAGCCUGCAAUGAAGCAAACCGAAGCAUUCCUCGCAUCAGAGAUGAGCCAAAUGUCGGUGGAGGAGCGGUCAAAGGCAAUGGAUGACCUCCACUGUGUAGGAGAAGAGCUCCAAGAGACGCCUGAAAUGAUUCAGAAAUCGCUCGCGGAGUUUGAAGAGGCAGUGCAGAAGGAACGAAAUCCAAUCUACGAGAUGGCCAUCAAUCAAAAUAGAGCAUACGUGGAGGAUCCUACGUUUCGUCUGAGGUUCUUAAGAGCCAAGCUGUACAAUGUUCGUGAAGCGGUUCGGAAGAUGAUGAGUCUUCUCGAGUGUAAAGCGAAAUACUUCGGUGAUGACAAGGUUGCUCGUGAUAUAACAUUGGAUGACCUGAGCGAGGAGGACAAGCAGCUGAUGCUAUCGGGACUAUACCACAUCCAAGAUGGGAGAGAUCAAAAUGGGAGACUUAUCCUACAUUUGUUCGGCAAAAUGCUCAUUCGAUGUAGAGCUGAUAACCUGAUUCGCAUCCGCCACUAUAUUAUGUACAAUAUAAUGUCCUCCCUCCCGGAUGUACAAAGGAAGGGAAUCGUGGUAGUCUACAACGAUAGUACACUACCCGAGGAACCCUUUACACUUCCUGGAUUCAGCUUCUUCAAAGAAAUCCAAACAACCUAUGACUCUGAACCAGUUCGAUUCUCUGGAAUCCACUACUGUGUACAGGCCAAAUCACAUCAUCUUGCGUUGAACAACGUUCUUGUUAGUCUAUUUCUGAAGGGAACGCCCCAAGAUGGCCGUGCGCGAACUCGAAUACAUUAUGGGUCCAUCAUGGAGCUUCGUUACCAGCUCCAAAGCUUUGGUAUUCCCUUGUCCACGAUACCGUUUGGAGAAGAAGGUAACAUUCGUAAUGACAUUCUGAAUGUCUGGCUUGACAGGCAUCUCAAAGAGACCAAUCAAAGCAUUCGCUUCUACCAACCCAAGGCCGCUCGUGGCUUGUCACAAGACAUGGAGAUAGAGAGCGAUCUCGUGAACCAGAAGCAGCAUGUGCCUCAUGAGAAGGAUGGAGGUGAUGCAAUAGACGCUUUAGGGAUGGAAGUCCACGACUCGAUGCGGGCAUCAUCAACUGAAGUGGGUCCAGAUGAUGCUCUGCCGAUGAAUCGUGUCACAGGGCCAAUCGAACCGACCGAGAUGGAUGUUUUGUUUGGAAAAGGGUAUCGGCUACAGUUGCAUCCUGGCAAUGUCCAAUUUCGAGAGUUCUUGGAGCAGCGUCGAGGCGAAUAUGAGAGUACUCCGAGACAGCACAGACGAGACAUUGCAAUCAAGCUAGCGCAAAUGCUUCGGAACAAAGGUGUUCGAUUUCUCCAGAAAGCGGGAUCUGAGGAAUGGGUGGAGAGCGACAUUGAAGAAGCAGAGACAAAGGUUGCUCAGUUCUUUCGAGAGCUGCGGAAGAAAAGGUCAAAAUAA